ACCAAGGGAGCAACACGAAGGUGGAGUGAGAGAGAGAGAGAGAGAGAUAAAGAGAAACAGAACGAGAGAGAGAGAGAGAGAGAGAGAGAGAGAGAGAGAGAGAGAGAGAGAGAGAGAGAGAGAGAGGGGGAGAGAGAGAGAGAGGGAGAGAGGGAGAAGGCGGGAAGACAGACUUAGAGACAGACGCAAAGCGAGAUGUUUAUAAAAGAAUAAACGAGAGAGAGAGAGAGAAAGAGAUACAUCGGGCGACCCUCUCUUAACCUUACUGUUAUAUUAGGAUUGUCAAGUUCGAAGUCACCCGCAACCCCAAAGAUUCUUCAGAAGAGAGAGAGGAGCCUUGCGAGAGAACCCGAGGACCUGAAGGAAAAAAAGCAGAAUGAGGGCGGUGUUCGCAGUAGUUCUCCUGGUGCUCUCCGCUCGCGUGCAACCGCUGCCACUGCAUUCACGGUACCCUGCGUUAAGGAAUAGAAUCGCUUGGCAGAAGAAGAGUGUGAGUGAGGAGAGCGAGUUACUCUGGGGUCACCAGUGCUCCCCACGCCUUGCCUGGCUUCACCCCCAACAGGAUGCGAGGCUGCAGUGUGAAAUAUUUGGCCCCUCUGGUACCGUCCUCACCUGGUACAAGGACCAGGUACCUAUCAAUCCUCAGAUGGAGGCUGUAGAGGAGACGUCCAACAGCGUGACCUGGAAAGACAAGGCCCUCCGUUCGACUCCCAGCGGCGAGUCAAAGGUCAGGGUUAUGUCCACAGUGUACAUCGACUGUGCCAGUACUGAGGACAUGGGAGAAUACAGCCUGAAGGUACAAACACCAGAUCACCAGGUGUUCACCAGGAAUUUCACCGUAACUUUUGCAGACGAGAGCGCGAACCCCGGACCAACAUGUGGCAUUGGCAAGGACCUCGUGACAUACCUGCCGAGGAUCUACCAAUAUGCACCGCAAGCCCUGGCAUACAACGGCCACGACAUUACCCUGCCCUGCCGCCAGCAAGGUCGUGACUCUGCCGUGACCUGGUAUUUGCGCAAUUCUCCGCUGCCUCGAGAUUCCUCCAAGUACCUGGUGCUCUCCAACGGCGACCUGGUUGUACGGCGAGUCAGUGUACAAGACCGGGGGAUGUACAAGUGCAGAGUCGCUAGUACCAUUGUCCACGGGCUCUCCGACCAGAUCCGUACAUUCCUCUACCCAAUGCUAUAGUUUGCCUGCAGGAGGAAUCCGCUGCUUUCCCCGCGCCCCUAGCCUCGAUCCUGCACCAGAGGAGUCGCCUAGUUUUCCCACGAAAUUAAUGAAGGUUGUCAGUUCCGAUCCCCUGUGUCGGCUUGCAAGAUAUUAUAAGCAUAUGGAAAGCAUACCUAAAGAUGCACGUAGUGUGCGUACCACGUUGUAUGUAUGUGUGUGUGUGCUUUCUAACGCUAUUUUGAAAUUGAUUGUCGCGAGAAAUGCUGAAAUAGUAGUUUAUAACGAAGAGGUUACAAGAUAUUAAAUGCGUGUGUUGUGCUACCUAUGAAAUGAUAUGCCUCAAUCAUUUACAAUGAAAAAGUUAAAAUAUUAGUGACAAGCAUAAUGCGGAUAAGAUUGCAUCGUGCUAUACGCGUAAAAGAUAUUUUACUUGAAAGAAGAGAAAGAGGAAAAAAAAAAAAUCAUAGGAAAACUUAUAUUGCUUCUCAAAAUGAAGAAUAUACGCCAUAACUGACUUUACCGCACAGUUGAUGUUAUUUCAGGAUGUCAUUAUAUAUAUAUAUAUAUAUAUAUAUAUAUAUAUAUAUGUAUAUAUAUAUACGUACGUACGUAUACCUACGAGUACACGUCUAGCAAUAACACACGAAAGUUUAGGGUGCACCAAAAAAAAUCAAUAAGAAAGGGUUUCCAUAUUAUGAUAUUGUUUGCCCGUCCAAAUUCUAAUCAAUAUAAAAGUAAAUAUUUUGGAAAAUUUAUAAGUAUGUAUUGGUUUAAAAAUUAUUUACAAAUUAGGAACUUUAGAUAAUACAAAUAAAAGAGGAAAAUAAGGAAAACAAAGUAAUUUGCCUUUCUUAUUAAGUUAUUUUCAGUCAAUCCAAAUAUAUUGGAAAUCUAGAAAAGGAAAAUCAAUUAAUAUCAGUGUAUUUCAAAACAUCAGUAAUCUUGUACAAAAAGAAAUUAGUAUUCGUUAUUAUGAGCACCAACUCCUGAAGCCAGAUAUUGUGAACUAUAUUAACUCUACGCAUAUUUAUCCAUUUAGUUCAAACAAACAAACAAACCAGACAUUUACUCCAUCAGAGGCACAAAACGUUCAUGACUGUUCAUCUUGUUCUUUUGUUCAUUUUCUCCUGCCCAGAUGUUCUUGUGAAUUGCACUUCUCUCAGAUAUGUUGUGUCCUUUCGUUUGUUAUUCAUAUUUGAAUGAUUUUGAAGUAAACAUUUUUCCUU